CAUUUUCACUACUAAUUAGCCACAUUCAAUUGUUGAAGAGUGCUAACUAUUAAGUUUGAAAAAAUGACUAAGUUUGGUGCAUCCUCAAUUGCCCUUGUUCUCACAUUGAACAUUCUUUUUUUCACUAUGGUUAGUUCCACUAAUGUCCCAUGCCCACCACCCCCACACCCCAAACCCCACUACCCUACCCCUACCCCCUCGACCCCAUCAUCAAAGGAUAAGUGCCUAAAGGACACACUAAAGCUAAAUGCUUGUGCCAAUUUGUUGGGUGACUUAUUGCACCUUGUUGUAGGAAUAAGUAGCCCAGCUAAGACUAAAUGUUGCUCUCUAAUUGAAGGACUUGUUGACCUUGAUGCUGCUGUUUGCCUUUGCACUGCCCUUAAAGCCAAUUUGUUGGGAAUUAAUCUAAAUAUUCCACUUUCACUCAACUUGUUGCUCAACAACUGUGGCAAAUAUGCCCCAAAGAACUUCCAAUGUGCUUAAGAUAAAUUUUUUAGUUUCUUUCAAUGUGUUUUGAUGUUUUGUUAUGUGUAUGUGCUUGUACUACUAUAGUUGCUUAUUUUCAAGUGAAGUAUAUUUUUUAUUCUAGUUGGUAAUUAGAAGGAAGGCUAGUUGUCUUCUUUUGGUUGUACUUGUAUCCUAUUUUCAUGAAAUAAAUGUCACCUUUUGAAGUUGC